UGGCGUACGGAUGUGAAUCUUGGAUUCCCUCUUAAAAUAAAUAAAUAUGCAAAUCUGUCGCAAACUAUUCGCUGUACUUCUCUUAAUUGUGUCAAUAUGGAAAGUGAGCUCUGGCAGUGUAAAAUCCAAAGGGGAAGAUCAACAAAAUGAGAUUAUCGCCAACAAAACGGUAGAGACAGAAGAGAAAAUUAAGUUUCUAGUAAAUCGAAUAACUGAAGCUAAUCAACAACUCGAAGAUUACAAAGAAAUGAUCAAAAAUUUACAAAAUGAAGUUAGCAAACAGCAGAAGGAAAACGAAAAGUUAAAGUCAAAACUUCAGAGCAAUACAAAUGAAUUAAAAUACACCGAAGAUGAACUGGGCCAAUGUCAUAGAAAUUAUACGUUUUUUAUGAAACUGUUUAAGGAAGAGUGGGAUGCCUAUGAAGAUGACCAGGAAAGAAUAUUUGAAACAUGUCAAAAAUAUUUGGAAGCACACAAGACUCUAAGACAAAAAUCUGAGGAUAAUCACAAACUGUUGGAAACAAAUUUGGAAUCACUCAGAAAUGAGUCUACCUAUAAGGAUGCGACGAUUAACGAAUUGAAAAAAAGUGUUGGCUGA